AUGGAAUCCACAACAGUGGAGCCGAUUAAUUACUAUGAUUUAGCCGAGGACCAAACCAACGAUGAUGAGCUUAAAUCCUACUUAAAUGGUAAACGCUUCAACAAAAAACAUCCCGAUUACAAUUGUGCAACAUGUGUAACAGUGGUCGGCAAACAGUUGAAGUUGGCCAAUGACUUGAGGGAGGCGCGCGGUCGCAUGCGACGCCUGAGUCGCACUCAACAUGCAACUUGCUGCUUGAUGUGGAAAACUUCAAACUUGCCAAAGAUGUGUAAGAAGUCGUGCAUGCAUUGGAUUGUGGCCAAAUUUAUGAUCACUACAGCAACAUCAACAACAGCAUCCGCAAACAGCCAUCCUAGGCCACCGAGGCAUAUCUAA